UUAUUGUUGUAGUUCAGUGUAGGUUUUAUUAAUAUCAAAAACAAAUCAACAAUCGUAAAACCGAUUUACCACUCAAACAGUUAGGGAUUUUCUCACAAAAGACAAGACAACAAAUAAAUCUAGCAAAAUGAGCUACAGUUGGAGUGAUCGUGUUGAUUUUAUUAUCCGUUAUAUGUACGAUAUCGACAACAAUGGCCAAUUGGACCAAAAGGAUUUCGAUUGCAUGGCAUUGAGAGCCUGUCUCGUCGAGGGAAAAGGCGACUUCAAUGAGGAACGUCACAAGUCAUACUUGACAAUGAUGCGCGCUUUGUGGCAAGAAAUCUCAGACUUGGCUGAUUUUGACAAGGACGGCAAAAUCUCAAGUGAAGAAUUCAAGGAAGCCGUCAAGCAAACUUGCGUGGGGAAAAAAUACGAAGAGUUUCCAAAGGUCAUGAAAGCCUUCAUCGAAGCCAACUUCAAAAUGAUGGACGGCGAUGGUGAUGACUUGGUUUCCAAGAACGAGUUUAGAUACAACUGUAUUUCUCGCAUUGCUGUUGACGAUGUCAAGAUCAUCGAUGCCGCAUUUGAAAAGCUGCUGAAUGAUGAGGACAAGAAACGCGGUGGAAUCAACUUGGCUAGAUAUCAACAACUUUAUGGUGACUUCAUUGGAAACACCGACGACAAAAACGCUUCCGUCCAUCUUUUCGGCCCACUGCCAGAGUAAGCGAUUGCUCUUUUAAACGCGCAAAGAAAAAUAUUUUAUCAACGAACUUUUAAAUAUCGAUGGUAUCGUUAAACCUACAUGAAUUCUGUAAUUGUCCAAUGUUAAUUCAAUCUUUAUCAUUAAAUAAAUUAUUCUGAUAUUGUGAU